UUGCUAUUAUUGAUACUGUCUGCAUGCUUAUGCCUAAAGCAGACAGUAAUGAAGUACGAAGAGAACAUUAAGGUCAAGAUGAGCCUGCCGACUGCCGAGCUUGUUAAGUUUGAGAUCACUGUGCCAAAAGAGGUCAAGUGGAUUGUGAUUGGACUUGGCAACCAAACUAAGGAAAGCGACCUUUUUAUGAUCGAGCAUGAUCAGCAGCACACUGCGGUUAUGGACAUGUACUCUGAUGGUCAAGGGAGGAUUUUCACUGAUAAUACCAAUGAUUACUUGCUCAAGAUAGAGUCUACAGAUAAUGAUAUUUCCUAUUCUGUCACCAGGAAGCUGAAUACAGAGGAUGAUCAAGACACUGUUAUCGUCAAUGGGUUCAAUGAUGUAUUCUUUGCUUAUGGAUCUGGAGAAUCUCCUUCAGAACUAAUCCAUCUAGAUGCUGAUAGCUUUGUUCUCGAAAUCGCUACAGUUAACAGGAAUCUUUCUUCAGGUCCUGCAACUAGUAAAACUAAAGAGACAGCACUCCUUCAUGGACUUUUUACCUACAUUGCUUGGAACUGGUUCUCUCUUUUGUUGAUCAUUACAGGAAGAUAUUCAAAAUACUUCUAUUCUGUUAGGAUAUGGGUCCAUUUCGUUCUGGGUCUCUUGGCUGUUAUCUUCAACUUGAUCGGUGUCGCAUUUUCAGAUGUUGGAUACGAGAACUCCCAGAAUGCUCUAGGUGAUGCUCAUACUGGCCUUGCAGGAGUCGUAUCCUGGUGGGCAGGAGGUGUAAGCAUCAUUGGCAUAUUCAGCAAGGUAUGCAGUCGUUACGUGAGACAUAUGAGUUUCUUGACUACAUGGUCAAGGCUAGUGCAUAUCAUUACAAGUUGGUUGCUUAUCGUGUACGCUCAAUUUGUAAUGCUAUCUGGAUUAUAUCUCUAUAACUCACCAAUGGUUCCACUGUUCUAUACCCACGUUGCCAUCAUGGUAGUAAUCGGAGUAGUCUUGGAGAUUAUUUUCUGCUUCAUGCUGAAGAACUGGAAGUAUGAAUACAUCAACGUACUCCACGAGAAGAUCCUUCCUGAAAUGUCUAUUAAACACUUUCUAGACUCUGAGAAAAAGUUGGCACUGUUUGAUAACUACGUUGUUGAUAUGGGAGGAUAUUACUGGGAGCAUCCAGGAACUGCAUAUGUCCUUGAGGAAUGCGUUAAAAUGGAUGUGGGAAAAUACUUCUUUGGCUCAUACACUAUGGAGAACAUGAUUAAGCCAGUAAGACACUCCUAUAUUGCCGGAAAGGUAUUGAUGAGACUCAUCGUUGCAAAAUUGGUGCAACCAAAAGAGAAUGGUAUGGCUUUCAGAAAGUCUCAAGAGAACGUAGAGACUGAUAAGUCUGACUCUAGGCUUAAGGGCGAAGAUAUUACCCCAACUAUUUAUGAGUCUAGCAUGAUAUUUGCUGUUACUACUGAGGUUGAGCAUAUUCCAAACGUUUUCCAUGUUGGAUUUGGAAAUAGACAAACACAAGUUAAAAUGUUUUUCCCAGGAACUGAGAUGUUGGGAAGACACUACGUGAUCAACUCUCUUCAAAAUCAAAUUUGCAGAUAUUAUACUAUCUGUAAUGCUAUGCAUACAAAGGUGUUUCCCCAGUAUCUCAGUUGUUUCAAAGGAGUUUUAGAAGGAUCUGAAAUCGAAAGAGAAUACGACAGUUUCAAAACUAUAGAUGAUGCAUGGGACGACAAACUAGAACUCGUUAUUAAGUAUUAUGAACAAUCUAAAAAUGGAAUAACUAAGCAGCUUCUCCAGCACAACAGAGAAGACAGAUUCUUCAUCUCUGGGCCUUUGAGCAGAGGAUACGACCUUACCAGCGACAACAUGAGUGGUACAACAGUCAUUUUCGUUGGAGGUACUGGAGUUCUCCCAUAUAUGGACUUCUUUGCAUAUUUAACGAGAAAAAUUAUAAACAAGCAUGAUUCCUCUCAUGAGGUAUUCCCAGGAGAACAGUUUGAAGAUGAACUUGACCAAGCUAACUUCGUUGUCUACGGAUACUAUCCUAAAGCUGCUGACGCUUGUGCCAUUGAGUUCUGCAAUCAAGCAUCGCAGAUCUUUGAGAAAUUUGAAGAGCAGGAAAAAUUCAGCUUUAUCCCAAGAUACACUAGAGACGGGGACAAGAGACUUGACAAAGAUCAAAUCAUGGAAAUCUUGGGAAAACAUAAAGAAGAAAGUGGUCUCAAGAAUGUCUGGGUAUGUGGACCUCCUCCAAUGAACAAUAUGUUCCAAGAGUACAAAAAGAUGCUAUGCAAGGAGUUUGAUCUCCAUCAUAUGAACAUCGAAAUUUUGUAGAACAAUUACAUCAAAACGUAACUGUAAUUAUUUCUGCCUAAAUAUGC